AUGGUUGCAAAGAAAUAUGGAUGUAAUGGAGUAUCCGUAUCUCCGUAUCUAGGAGGAGCAGAAACAAUAAAGGAGGCAAUCCAACUAAAGAAUGAUGUAGAGGAAAUUUUGCUUCGAAGAGGUUUUCCGCUUAGAAAAUGGGCCUCAAAUGAGAAAAACGUAUUCCAAAACACUAGUAAUCGCACAGAGCCAUUUUAUUUCAAUGAAGAGACUGAUGUUAAGGUUCUGGGCAUCGGAUGGAUCCCAAAAACGGAUCAAUUCUUUUUCAAAACGGUCAAUUCUCCUACUCCCAAGAACGGCUAUUCAAAAAGAACGAUAUUAUCAGAAACGUCAAAACUUUUUGAUCCUUUAGGGCUAGUUAGCCCUGUAGUAAUUCGUGCAAAGUUUAUCAUGCAAAAAGUAUGGCUACAAAAAUUAAAAUGGGAUGAGAAAGCACCUACUGAGAUUCAAAGUGAAUGGGAAACGCUGAGAUCGGAUUUUCAAGAGCUACAAAAUCUAAAGAUAAGCCGUCAUCUUUUGAUAUUUCGAAAUGAUGAGACAAUAACAUUUCACGGAUUUUCUGACGCAUCUAUGAAAGGUUUUGGAUCUUGUGUUUAUGUUUCGGUCACGAAUAAAUCAAAAAGAGUCACAAAACUAGUUUGCGCUAAAUCAAGAGUUGCGCCUCUUAGAACGAAACAGACUUUACCACGUCUAGAAUUGGCCGCCACACUACUUUUGUCCAAGUUGAUGGUAAAAGUAACUUCCGCCUUGCAGAUAGAACCCGCAUCCACAUUUAUGUGGUCUGAUUCUGCCAUUGCUUUACAUUGGAUUAGCAAUGCACCUAACAAGUGGCAAGCUUUCGUUGCUAACAGAGUAGAUAAAAUUCAGUCACUCACGGAAACUUUGAAAGCAACCUGGCGUCACGUAUCCACUAAGAAUAAUCCGGCCGAUCUGAUCACCAGAGGAGCGUCAGCUAAACACUUAUCAAAUUCAAGUCUGUGGUGGCAAGGCCCAGAGUAUCUCAAUUCAAGAGAAAAUAUGUGGCCAAAAACGAAUGUUGAACUUCCAUCUUUGCUAGAUGUUCCAGAAAUUAGGAAAGAGAUUAAAAUAAUGUUCGGAGCAAUAGUUCAAACUUCAUCGGACCUGCAUUAUUUGUUACAUAGAUUUUCGUCGCUGAACAAAAUAUUGCGCAUUAUUGGUUUUAUGUUCAGAUUUGUGCAUAAUAUCCGCGCACGUCUCGCUAAUAAGCCGUCAGAAAUAAAAAGUGGAAAUAUUUCUUCGCGGGAGAUGGACGGAGCAACAAAAAUUUGCGUAAAGAUUAUUCAACAAGAAUCAUUCCCCGAGGAAAUUGCACACUUAUCAAGGAAAGACGGUAUUCUACAAAGUUCCAGUAGUAUCAAGACAUUGCACCCAUUUUUGGAUGGUGAGAAGUUGUUACGAGUUGGUGGAAGACUUCAAAAUUCGACACUAAGCUAUGAGGAAAAACACCCGCUAUUACUACCUACAAAACACAGAUUCACCGAGUUAUUAUUCUGGCAGGAACAUAGGCGACUUAUGCACGCUCCUCCGCAGAUGUUGUUAUCAAUGAUUCGGCAGCGGUUUUGGCCCCUCAAUGGUCCAAUCUCGGCCAAGACAUUAGUAUACUCUUGCUUGAAGUGUAGAAGAGCGCAACCAAAACCGUGCGCACAGUUAAUGGCCCCUUUGCCAGCAUCUAGAGUGACUGUAAAUGCACCUUUUCAAAUAAUCGGUAUUGACUUUACCGCACCUUUACUAGUUCGAACCAGUAACCGCAAAAACGCUCAUAAAAAGAAAGUUUACGUUGCUCUUUUCAUUUGCUUCGUGUCAAAAGCAGUCCAUUUAGAAAUUAUUGAAAGUUUGACAACACAAGAAUUCCUUCAGACAUUAGAAAGAUUUUCUGCCAGAAGAGGCUUACCGACUGCAAUUUUUUCUGAUAAUGCUAAGACAUUUGUGGGAGCCAAAAGUGAACUAAUCACCCUGUUUAAGGAUCCAAAAGUGCAAGAGUACUUAUCUCAAAAUGGCAUUGAUUGGAAUUUUAAUCCUCCCAAUUCUCCACAUCAUGGCGGGUUGUGGGAAAGCGCCAUUCGAAGCUUCAAGUCUACCCUGCAAAAAGUGAAUCGUUCUCGAGUGUUUCAAGCUCAUGAGUUAAACAAUCUUGUGGUGAAAAUCGAAGGUGCAUUGAAUUCUCGACCGUUAACUCCGUUGUCGUCUUCUCCCGACGACUAUGAAGCAUUGACUCCAGGUCAUUUUCUAAUUGGCAGAGCAAUUAUGUCAUUUCCCACGAAAUUUGAUUCCCACAAGUUCAAAUCAUCAAACGUUUUGAAAACAUACAAAAGCUUCCAGCAGGACUUGUCUCAUUUCUGGCGUCGCUGGUCAAGAGAGUACCUCCAAAGUCUGCAGUAUUGUGCCAAAUGGCAUACGAGCAAUCGUCAUAUUCAAGUUGGAAGCUUGGUUGUUGUCAAAAAUAGAAAUUCACCUGUACUUUAUUGGAAUUUGGGAAGAAUCAUCAAAACAUAUCCUGGUACUGAUGGACACGUUAGGGUUGCAAAAGUGAAGACUCCGACUUCUGUACUUAUUCGAGCCGUGACAGAACUUUGUCCAUUACCUGUUCUGAUCAAAUAG